AUGCUGAUUACAAACAAGAUAAAAUUCGACACCCCCAGACUCCAUAUGGCAGGAACCAAUAUCGAAAUGGCCAAAUCUAUCAAAAUUCUUGGACUAACCAUUGAUAAAAAGCUCACUUUCAAUGCGCAUAUAACAAAUACAAUGCAAAAGACCAUAGAUUUAUUUAAAAGGAUAGAUAAAGCCGCUAAAGACAUAGAAGUCGAAAGGAGAGUGCCUUACACAGAAAGCCUGCAUCCAGCCAAAAUCCUAAACAUCGGUUUCGAGCUACUACCGGACGAAGAAAACCUCAGCAAGGUUGCAGCAGAAAUAAAAAUAUACACGGACGGGAGCAAAAUAGAUGGGAAAACGGGCGCAGCAUUCGUGGCCACUGACGGGCAGAGUGGUGAAGAGACGAUGAAGAAAAAGCUCAAACUAGCAGACCACUGCUCUGUCUAUCAGGCUGAACUACUGGCUGUGAACGCAGCCUUGGGAGAAACCGAAAAACAAAAAACAGAAACAACAGCAAUAUUAAGCGACUUGCGAUCAGCGCUAGAAGCAAUAACGAGCGAAAGGAGUAACAAUAGACUGGCUACAGAGGCAAGAAACAAAAUAGGCAAAAUAAGAGAGAAUGGCAAGAUGGUAAAUCUAUAUUGGGUCAAGGCAAACGCUGGCCUGCAGGGUAAUGAGGCAGUGGACGAAGCGGCCAAGGCGGCCGCAUGUCACUUGAAAAUAAAACCGCAUUAUAGUAAAUGCCCCAUCUCUUAUAUUAAAAGAGGCGAAUUAAGAAAGCAAAAAAUGUUUACAAAACCCAUUCAAGAUUCAGAAACAGCUACAGAAGAUAGUUAUGAAAUUUCUCGAAUGAUAGCAAAGCGAAGUCGCCCCUUCAAUGAUGGGGUUUUGUAA